CUUAAGACACACAAAGGCAUCAAGAAAGAAACAUGUCUGGGGUUUGGGUUUUCAAGAACGGCGUAAUUCGAUUGAUUGAAAACCCUCAAGCGGAUUCCGAUGGAAGGCUAGGGAACUCGAGGCGAUCGAAGGUUUUAAUACACUUACCGACAGGUCAGCCCGUGACAUCUUACUCUUCGCUAGAGAAUAUCCUAACAUCAUUGGGAUGGGAAAGGUACUAUGGUGGUGAUCCAGAGCUUUUCCAGUUUCAUAAACGUUCUUCUAUUGACCUAAUUUCUCUCCCUAGAGAUUUUGCCAAGUUCAACUCCAUUCAUAUGUAUGACAUCGUCAUUAAAAAUCCAAAUCUCUUCCACGUCCGAGAUAUGUGAGUUCCACACUGCCUUCAUGUCUUAUAAUAUUUGUCUCAUUAAUUCAAGUCUUUGUUGUGCAUUUUCAUUACCAUCGAUCUUUGUAACAAAAU